GGAUGGAAGACAGGAAGGACGUCAGUGACAGCAACAAGCGGACCAAAGACCAGCGGAACAAGGCAGAGCGAGGAGAGAAGGAGGCGGAGAAGGAGGCCAGCGAGAAGGGGGAGGGCCGGAGGGAGGGCCGGCGGUCUCGCUCCAUGUGGAAGGGAGGCAGCGCUCUGACGGAGCGCCUCGCCAUCAACGUGUCUGGGAUGCGUUACGAGACCCAGCUCCGGACGCUGGCCCAGUUCCCCGACUCCCUCCUCGGCGACCCCCGGAAGCGCCUGCGUUACUUCGACCCCCUGCGGAAUGAGCUGUUCCUGGACCGGAACCGGAUCUGCUUCGACGCCAUCCUCUACUUCUACCAGUCUGGCGGGCGGCUGCGGCGGCCGGCCAACGUGCCCCUGGACGUGUUCAUGGAGGAGCUGCGCUUUUACGAGCUGGGGGAGGACAUCAUGACCCGCUUCAAGGAGGACGAAGGCUUCCCCAAGGUGGAAGAGAGGCCCCUGCCGGAGAAUGCGGUGAUGCGGCGGCUCUGGGUGCUGUUUGAGCACCCGGAGUCGUCCGGUGGAGCGCGCAUCAUCGCCAUCAUCAGCGUCAUGGUCAUCGUGGUGUCCAUCAUCAUCUUCUGUCUGGAGACACUGCCGGAGUUCAGGAACGAGAAGGAGCUCAGGGAGCAAUUCAGCUCUCACCCCGACCCCACCAACCCCAACCAGACCAUCCACGUCCCUCCCUCCAGCCCCUUCCUGGACCCCUUCUUCCUGGUGGAGACCAUGUGCAUCUGCUGGUUCUCCUUUGAGCUCCUGAUGCGCUUCGCGUGCUGCCCCAGCAAGGCCCAGUUCUUCAAGGACGUCAUGAACACCAUCGACUUCUUCGCCAUCAUUCCCUACUUUGUCACGCUGGGCACGGAGCUGGCCAAGUCUAAGGGCGCCCAGUCGGGGACACUGGCCAUCAUCAGGAUCAUCCGUCUGGUUCGGGUGUUCCGGAUCUUCAAGCUGUCGCGCCACUCCAAGGGGCUCCAGAUCCUGGGCCAGACCCUGAAAGCCAGCCUGCGGGAGCUGGCCCUCCUCAUCUUCUUCCUCUUCAUCGGAGUCAUCAUCUUCUCCAGCGCCGUGUACUUUGCCGAGGUGGACUACCCCGAGACCCACUUCACCAGCAUACCCGAGACCUUCUGGUGGGCCGUGGUCUCCAUGACCACGGUGGGCUACGGGGACAUGUACCCGGUGACGCCGGGGGGGAAGCUGGUGGGCUGCAUGUGCGCCAUCGCCGGCGUCCUCACCAUCUCGCUGCCCGUGCCCGUCAUCGUGUCCAACUUCAGCUACUUCUAUCACCGCGAGACGGAGAGCGUGGACAGCACAGAGUUCACCCACGUGUCCACGGCUCUGUGGGAGGAGGAGGACGAGGACGAGGAGGGGGGGGAGGAGGGAGGGGACGAGGGGCCCGAGGGCGAGGGGGACUAUGUGCCCCUGUACGGGGGGGACUGCAGGGGGGUCUGCCCCCCCCUGAACGGGACUCUGCUGGCGGGGCUGUGCGUCGGGCCGGCGGAGCAGGACUUCCUGAAGGGGGCGCUAGUCACGCAGGUGUGAGGAACGGGAUGAGCCGACACCGCCUGGCAUCCUCCUGAGGGAGGGAGAGAGAGAGAGAGAGACAAGGAGAGAGAGAGAGACAAG